AAACAGCCCACCAACAUGAAAAGACACUGUCAGUCAGAUUCAGAGGAAGAUGAGCCAGCAAAAAAGCAGCCUGCCUUCCAGGGCCACAGUGAGGGCUCCGGCCUGUCUGCUCUGCUCCCGCAGCCUAAGAAUGUGACAGUGAAAGAGACAAACCGGCUGUUGCUGCCAUACGCCUUUUCCAGGAAAGCAGCUGAGAACUCCACAGAGCCCAAACCUGCCAAAGGCUCGCUAGUGGCGGCAGCGGCGGCCAGCAAGCCAAAGCCCCCCCUCAAGGCCACGUCUGCUGUGACGACGACCCCUUCCCCGUCAGCCAUCAAGGCGGCUGCCAAGAGUGCCGCCCUGCAGGUGACCAAGCAGAUCACUCAGGAGGAGAAUGAAAGCGACGAGGAAGUGACCCCUGAGAACUACUUCUCCUUGGCCAGCCGAAGCGAGCCGCCCCCCAGGAGUCCCGAGAGCUACGUGUUCUCCGGCACAGUGGUGCCAGAUGACCUGCCCCCUGGGACAGAGCCAGGGCCUGAGCCCGAAGGCCAGGAUGCCACGACUGCUAACGCCCCACUGGAGUUCAAGACAGCACCUGGUUCGAGCUCUGCUCCCCAUGGCUGGGCCCCAAAGCCUGGUGAAGACUAUAGCAGCCAGCCGUAUCUGCCAUAUCCUGGCUACAGCAAUGCGGGCGGCACUGGCGUGUAUUAUCAGCAGGAUUACUACAGUGGUGGCUACUACCAGGAAAGCGACCCGCUGCUGGGGCCGCCCCAGGAGUUGCGCAGUGACGAUCCCGCCACCGCCGCCUCCUUCAUGGACGAUGAAGCGUUCAAACGCCUCCAAGGCAAGCGGAACCGUGGCCGAGAGGAAAUCAACUUUGUGGAGAUCAAGGGGGAUGACCAGCUGAGUGGCGCACAGCAGUGGCUGACCAAGUCCUUGACAGAGGAGCAAAAUAUGAAAUCCUUCAGCAAGAAAAAGGGGGAACAGCCCACAGGGCAGCAGCGGAGGAAGCACCAGAUCACAUACCUGAUUCACCAGGCAAAAGAACGAGAGCUGGAGCUGAAGAACACCUGGGCUGAAAACAAGCUCAGCAGGCGUCAGACGCAGGCCAAGUAUGGAUUUUAGGACCUCUCUUCCUCCUCCUGCCCUUGUAGCUGCCCGGCUGGCCGGCUGGCCGGCUUAGGAAUUUGCAGUUUGCUCAGCCUCAGGCCACACUGAACAAGAAGAGGAGGCAGUGGCACUGGUGCUCAGCUCGGUGCUGUGCACCUCUGUAGCUAUUGCUGCUAGUUGGGUGAGGGAUACCUGGUAGGGCACAUUCUGGAGGAGGCCAAGAGACUCAUCCGGCUUGAGUCCUUGAACAUCCACCCUGAGGGCCCACAAGCCAGCCUGGCGCGCUCUCUGCGUCCGCAGAACCCAGACGAAGCCUCACUUGCCCAUCCUCCCUGGACUGUCCGUUUCGGCAGGAUGGGAUCACCGCAUUGUAGUCCAAGCAGCCCCAGCUUUGCUAGUCCUUGCAGUUUGCCCUUCGGUGGCGGGAGGCCAGCGUUGUCACGAGCUGCUUCCCACCACCAGUUCUUUUCGGGUAUGUGUGUCUUUGUGUCUAGUCCGUCGCCUCUCUCCUUCCCUUGUUGAGAAAGUUCUUGUUUUUGUGGAUUGGUGACAGCUGCAGCUCCACUCGCAUUGAAAAGUAGGGUGGCGACCAUGCGCUCCGUUGCUUAACAACAGUGUUCAGUAUUUCAGUACAAAAUGCUUCUGGAAUUUAACUUCGGUGUCCCCUCCUCAUCCCCAAAACGGCAGGGAUGCAGCAUGGUUAGCCAGGCGUGGGUCACGUGCUGUUGGAAUCCGUGCACUUCCAGGAGAACCAGCAGCCUGCGGCAGACAGUCCGGUCCCCGUCCACUGUCCCCUUUGCCCCUCGGCCCCCAAGCCGAUGCUGAAGGGGCUCUGCCUGUUAAUUUGCCUUUCCUGGCUCAGAUUGGAAUGCGCCCUCCAGCCUUGCUGUCCUUUGCUCUGCCCACUCCCCCCAUCCCCACUUUCCUACAAGAGGCCUCCCCAAGGGAAGCACAGGCUCGGACUAAGGGGGUCGCUUGCCCCCCUGCUGCGGGAUGUGCAGGCCGACCUGGUCUUCCGUUUUCACAGUCUGCACCGUCCGUUGUUCCCUCCCCGUGGUUCAAGCUGCAGCCCUCCUCUCUGGAGGAAGCCAGCCUUGCUGCAUUGUUUCUGGAGGAAUGAGAUCAGUGUUUAGGACGUUUUUUUUUAAUCUAGUUUAUUUCCCUGGAAGGUUUAAUACUUAGGAAAGGCUCUCUUUUCUUAUUUUUGGAAUAUUCCAAAAUAAAGCUCUCAUUCAGUAAUUUAUUUGCAUUUUACGAAAUUGUCUGGAAAGAGAUUUUAUAAAGGAAUAAAACUUUUAAAAGAACUUGUAA